AUCGAGUGAACGGUCCCAGCGCACAGUCGUAAAAGUUGCCCGAGUUUAUCCAGUUGGCCAGGUUGUACAUGUGAGAGGACGGAACAAGCAGUUUCCAGAGGGAACACACUGCAACCAACGCGCGCCGCCACAUCAGGAGAAAACGAAAGAACGAGACAGAAGAUAAACAGGUCUUCUACGCUACAAUCAAGUCACCGCCGCAGCAGUAGGGCAGGGCAGCGCAGUGUGCAACCACAACACACCUGUUUGUUAUUUUGUGGAAGGUGGUGGUAUUAUUUUAGUGGAAGCAGAAAAGCGUGCCAGGUGAAAAUGCAUAUUUAAUCGAAGCAAUUAAAAACCAUCGAGUUCGCAUUUUAAUAAGCAGUGAAAGGGGUCUGUGAUAACGGAAUACUGCAGUGAAGUACAAAGGGAGCGUGACAAAAUUCUUCACGAUCGCAGGGUGCGUACACACGGUUUAGAAAACUGCGCUUCAAAAAUAGAUCUCUCAGCACGCUGGCGGAAGAUCUCCGAAGAGUAGAGACGCGUACAAAACGGUAUAGGUGUGUGCAUUUGGGCAGUGUUUAGGUGGUGCACGGAAGGAGAGGCAGCGAGAGAGAUCGCAAGAUUCCCGUUUUGUUUUGAGUGUGGUGUGCGGUGCAAAAGUGUCACACUCUAGGCACCGUAGUAGCGGCGAAGUGUAUUUAGGUUUGAAGUCUCGGGAAGAGAAAGUUUCCAAUAAGUGUAUUGAAGCAGCCGCUGCCGCAACCGCGUGGAAUCGUAGCCAGCCAUGAUGACCGAAACGGUGGUAACGGUGGAUCAGUCACAGGCAGCGCCGCCUACUGCGGCCCAGCACGGGCAAGCCAAACCGGAUAACAGCUUGAACUGGAUAAAGUUCAACUUUCAGUACUUCCAGUCCAUCCCGGGGAUUUUGAAACUGGUGCAGCUG